AUGGAAGCGCAUAAUGUCACAAUUCGAGUAAUUGGUGCUUAUAGUCAUUGUGGAUUAGCUCUUGUAGAACGAUUCAAUAAGACGUUAGCAGAGAUGCUUUAUAAAAUUCAGUAUGCUGUCGAAUCAAUAUCCAAAAAUCCUAAAUUAAUAAGAGAGUGGGUUAAGUAUUUACCAGAA